CUCGAGUCCACCCCCUCGCGUUCUGCGCGUCGCAAGCGCCCCGCGGCGAGAGACCGAUCCCGAGACGCGGCCGUUUCUUUGCCGCCGUACAUUCAUUUUUCGCUCGUCCGCACAAGCGGGUGUCGCGGAGCUCGUCGCCGAUAAACCUCGCGAUAUCAUCGAAGUCGUCACACACGCGCCGCGGAUCACCCGCGUCCCGCUGUCGCGCGGUGUGUGCGCGAAAGUUAUUGAUUCCCAUCGCGAGGACGUUGCGCGCGGACGACGGUGGUGGUUCGCUCGGAGCACACCUGCUCGCGUAAGGAAUCGCUCAGGAGAAGCUAGUGUGUAUAGUCUACGUUAAUUCUCAGAAGCCAAGAUGAAGAUCGGACUGUUGAAGAACUUUUUGCACUAUUUCAACCUGAGGCAGGGCACGAUACUGAUCGCCGUGUUCCAAUUGUUUUCGUCCGGAUUCAGCAUGAUAUUCUUCAUCCUGGCUCUGGCGCACGCAAUGGGGAUUCAGGAGAUGGUGGUGAGAGACACCGAAGAUGCCCUCGAGAGGGAGGCCCUGGAGGAGAUAUCGUCGAACCAUCUCAACACGAAAAAGAUGGACCUGGCGCAUCACAACGCAACCGAAAUGGUAUACGCGAUGUACUGCGGCCUCGUCAUCACGGUUAUCCACUUCGUCUCUACCAUGUUACUUCUCUACGGAGCACUGACGAAUAAUCGUCAUUUCAUGGCGCCUUGGAUGAUGGUCAAGAUUACUAUCAUAUCGGCCUUAGCGAUCUCCCUAUUCCUGGUAGAGGAGGACUGCCCUUUCCUCGCCACUCUAGGCGGACGAGCUGGUAUUUGCGAACGCCUAAUCGCCUUUUUCCUGAUAAUCAUGAGCUUUUACGUCUGGUUCGUGGUGUACAGUACUUAUAAGAGCCUCGAGACGAAGAAGGGACUCACGCACGAGGUGCACAGUAUGAAAAAAAAGUACGCAGUGCCCGUGCCACUGGAGGUACCAAAAGCGAUCCAGGUCUCAGUGAACAAGCCCUACGAACUUUAAAGAUAUUAUGAGAUUAGCAACGAACGGAAGAAUCUAUUCGUCGGGGACGGGGAAACCCUCGCGAUUUCGCAAAAAAAAAAAAAAAAGAAAGAAAAACCGCAAGAUUCAAUCGCGACGCGAGUGGCGCAGACGACGCGUUUUGGAAAAAAAUCAUGUGCUUUCGAACAAGCCCGGAAAUCCGGGAUGAGGCAAUUUGAGAGGUGAUCGCAAAAUCGUGAAACGAAAGUGCAUUACUUCGAGAAACGAAGAACCGACUCUGCAAGCUGGCGGAAGGUCUCGCGAAUAAAAUAAAAAAAUGUGUAUUCGCGCGAGACGGAAGGUUUCCACUGCGUGAAGUUCAGGAGGACCUGCAAGGAAUCGCGCUUCUCGUAUUUCAACGUUUUCUCUUCUGCCUUGUCGAAACUGCAUGCUCCUUUACGUUCCGCGUGCUAAGAUGGUUCUUUAAUGCGACGCACAGAUACACACUAGUGUUUAUCUCAUUCAAUAAAUUAAUUUAAAAAAAAAACUGCAUAUCCACCGUACGCUUACAUGCGGCACACCUGCGUUCUGGAUUUCCAUCCGUUCGGAAUUCUGACGGAUAAAAAAAUAUCACGACUAUCCAAAAAUAAUCUCUCUCUUUCUCUCUGUGCUGUACAAAUGCGCACUUCCUUUCACGCGCAAGACUGAAUUUAAUUUUUUUUUUUUUUUAGCAAGAGAAAGAAACUCGUAAGAUCUGCGCUAGAGUGAACAAACAUCGAAAAACGCAAUGUUAUGAAUCGUAGAUUAAAUUUACUUAGGGAAAUAGAGAGCUGAGGCGGGACUCCGAAUUCGUGGCAUAAUCGGUUUUAUUUCAUUACUUAAACCCAACUUGUUUGUGAAAUUACAACCUCUCGUUCAUCUGCGGCAAUAUCCGUGUGAUAUAAAGUGUAGAAUCUCUUGUGUAUAUGUAUAUUAAAUGUAUGGGGAAAAACGUAAAAAUAAAAAUUACAAUACUUCAGUA